AUGUGGAAUGCGCUCGAGUUUGCACUAAACGUCUCACUGACGUCGUGGGGAGCUUUGUUAUGCUCACUAUUAGUUGGUUGGUACUUCGUGUCUUCAAAGAAACAAGCGAGAUGGCUAGUCAAGUUCCCACGUCCGGAAUCGACUCUCCCAGUCCUGGGGAACACGCUCGACUUGAUGUUCAAGCACCGACAUGACAUUCACGACUGGAUCCUCGACGAGUGUCGGCGGUAUGAAGGACGUCCAUGGGCCCUCACCGCCCUUGGUCGCCCGACGAGCAUCGUUCUCUCCAACGUCGAGGCGUUCGAGGACGUUUUCCAUCGUAAGUUCGACAAGUUCGGCAAGUGUAGUGCCUGGCUAGUAAGUGACGUGUUUGGCGACGGCAUCUUCGCAGCUGACGGGGUGUCGUGGAUUCAUCAACGCAAGACAGCGAGUCACCUCUUUUCGCUGCACAUGAUGCGAGAAAGCAUGGAGCAAGUAGUGCGAGAGCAAGCUGCCGUUCUGUGUGAAACACUGGAAGCACAUUCCACUGCCAACAAGCCCGCCAAUCUCAAGUAUACAAUGGAUUGGUACGCCACCAAUGUCUUCACCCGCGUGGGCUUCGGUGUCGAUCUGCAGUCGCUAUCGAGUCAGGAACACGACGAGUUCUUCCGUGCCUUCACCCGCCUUCCUAUUGCUGUCCAUCGUCGCAUUCAACAACCAGGAUGGCUGUGGAGAUUUAAGCGGGCGUUCAAUCUGGGUUACGAGAAGCAGCUGAGACUCGACAUGAAGCGUGUGGAUGGUGUCAUCUACCAAGUCAUCUCGCAGUCCAUGGAGUCAAAGACCAACGUCAAUAACUCGCAGCGUCUUCCCGACUUGAUUUCACUAUUCCUUGCCAAAGAAACCAACGAGUAUCGACACCAACAAGACGGCUCUACCACUCAUAGUGUCAAGACUUCGCCCAAAUUGAUUCGAGAUAUGGCGUUCAACUUCACCGCAGCAGGUCGAGGAACCACGUCGCAGAGUUUGCAAUGGUUCUUCAUCAUGAUGAGUCGAUAUCCCCAUGUUGAGAAGAAGAUCCGAGAAGAAUUGCUGACCAAGCUGCCUCAUCUUUUUGACAAGAGUAGUAAGCCUCCAACCAUGAGCGGCGUGCAGCAGCUCAUCUACCUGGAAGCGGCCAUCAAGGAAAGUCUCCGACUGAACCCGGUAGCUCCACUCAUCGGUCGCACUGCUACUCAAGACGUUCACUUCAGUGACGGGACGUUUAUCCCAACUGGGACGCGUGUGGUCAUUCCGACAUUCGCUGUCGCUCGGCUGCAGUCCAUUUGGGGUGAAGACGCAGCCGAGUUCAAGCCCGAACGCUGGCUUGAUCCUCACUCUGGCAAGCUUCUGGUCGUAUCACCGUUUAAGUUCUUGGUGUUUCUGGCGGGACCAAGAUCGUGUCUGGGAGCCAAGCUGGCCAUGCUCGAGCUCAAGGUCGCUCUGGCGACGGUGCUGAGUAAAUUUCACCUUCGGGUGAUGCGAAAUCCAUUCGAAAUUGGCUACGACGCGUCCAUUUCAUUGCCAGUCAAGGGCGACGUGCUCGCUGUCGUGGAAGCCGUUGAAGUACCAGGUCCGUGCGAACCUGCUCAGAAGGGAUUCGCUGGUGCUGCUUAGUCAUGAUGACGCAUUCCUUUUUGUCACUGUAAACCUGCACCAAGUCCACUGAUGCAUUCUGUCCACAGAGAAACACAACUGACAUGUCACUAUCAAAACAUUCAUCAUUAAAUGUGU